AUGGAUCCCUACGAAGCAAACCCGGAAAACAUACCCGCAAACGACCGGUAUGCCGACAUCCCCAUGUUCGGCCGCUACGCCGCCAAGCCCGACGACUUCCGCCCCGACCCGGGGCACAUCCUGUCGACGACGGCCGAGUCACUCGCGGCGGCCGCGACGUACGACGAGGACGUGCUGGAUUCUGAUGCGGUCGCGCGAGACUACGCGUACACCGAUGCCAACGAGGUCAAGGCCAUUGCCCUGGCCAGGGGCGCGCUGAUGGGGGUCAAUGUCCGCGUCCCGUGUGUGUACUUUGCUGGCAAGAUAAACGGCCACCAGGUGCUCAUCCAAGAGCGCAUCCCCGGCGUCGCGCUGUGCGUGGCAUGGGCGUACCUGUCGAUCCGCCCGCCAGUAGUAGCACCAGCACCAGCACCAGCGUCGUGCGCCUUCCCGUCGUAUGUCAUGCCGGACCCGGACCCGGACCCGGUUGCGCACAGGGGGAUCUCGGCCGCCGAGAGGGAUAUUCUCUUCUCGUCGAGCGAGGUUACGAGAAGCGGCAACGCCGAAACUGAGGGCGGCGGUGAGGGUGAAGGCAAAUUGGAGCUAGACGCUGAAGAGGACGACGACGACUUCAGCCUAAUGCACAGCCAUCUUACUACGUCAAACUGCAUCGUCGACAGGGGCGACCGGCUCAUGGGGCUUAUGCAGGGGCCGCGGAGAGAGAAUUACGCGGCGCUGAACCUGCCCGAGGACGUUCUGCAGGAUAUUCUGUACUGGAAUGAUCUGUAUGAUGGUGCUGUGUAA